UCCUUUUCUUCGUGUUCUUGUUCUUCUUUUCUGGUUUGUUUGUUUGUUUGCACUGUGACAGUUGAUUUUGUUUUGGUGUGCAUCAGGUGGAGGGAUUUUUCGUUUGUUUGUGCUGAUGGUUUAAAGGCACCUCCUCGAAAUGGGGAUGCAGGGCUGCUGGCGUCCAGUGGCCGCAAGCGCAACCGCAGCCGCGACCGCGGAUCAGACAGACUACCCUCCAAGGCCCAUGCAAGUCAAAUGUUAUCACUUCAUCUGGUCAGGCCUGGCGAUCGUAUUUCACUUUGUCGACCUCGGCACAGAUGUCAACGUUAUCACGCACUACUUUAGGAACGAUGAGAGAGGCUACGCCUAUGCGACUAUUGUCAUCAUUCUGGUACCCUCUUUCAUUAUUUCGUGUGUCAGCUACCAAAUGUUCGAUCUGGACAGAAAUCGAGAAGGUUCGCACAAGUGGAACAGAAAGCUCAAGCUAAGAAUUGCCAUGCAUGUGAUUCCGCUAGCACUGUUGCUCCGGUGUAUUGAUUCAUUGAAAUAUGCCUGGAAAUCAUGGAGGACUGGGAGGCAAAGAAACACAGGACUCCAAGAGAAGUACUACAAAUUAAUGCUGAAGGAAGAUGCAGACUGUGCAUUACUGCAAGUCUUAAAAUGUUUCUUAGAAUCUGCCCCCCAGCUAGUGCUUCAAGUGAGCUACAUUUUUAAGUGGGUUAAUUCAGAAAAGCCGUUGGAGCCAGGUUGGACGGGCUAUGACCCCUUAAUCUCAGCAGUAUCUUCUUUUUUGGGAAUGGCAUGGUGCCUGAGGACUUUCAAGAAUAGUAUUCGUUAUGUUCAAGAAGGCAAGGAUAACAUAGGGAGUCUAGGGAAUUUAUUCAUUUUCUUGUGGCAUUUCUUCAUUGCAAUUUCAAGAAUCUCGAUGCUGAGUGCAAUGCUCUAUAUUUCAUGGGCGUACACUUUGAUAGCAAUGGCUAUUCACUGGAUUAUUAUGACAGUUUCCCUAUUACGAAUAGAGAAUCAUGUGUUCUGCACCAGUGACACAUCUGUCGUUUCAAGAACCGUCACUUUCUUAGAAAAACUUAGUAAUAAUUUUUUGACAACUGUCUUUGCAGUAGUGUCCAUUUUUACCUACAUCCCACUCGAUGAAGGUGACACAUGUAUCCGAUAUACAUGCUACUACAGCCUUUGCUUUCUUGAAAACCUACUUGGCGCAAGCAUUUGGUACUGGAUUGAGGGCAGGUAUUGGUUCAAAGUAUUAAUUACAGUUUUGUGCAUUCUACCAUUCAUUCUUGGUUGCUCUUGCAUGGUUGUGUAUUAUCACUGGUUCCAUCCUAAGGAACACAGGAUUUCAAAUGGUAAUGUUAUUGUUGAGAAAGGUCAAGUGGAGAAUGGUUUUGUCAAUGUUGUUGGUCAAGGGGAGAAUGGUGUUGUCAAUGUUGUUGGUCAAGGGGAGAAUGGUCAAGGGGACGAUGGGAGUGAGAUGCAAGAAAUUUGUCUGAGUGAAAAGUUAUGAUGCUCAUAAAACGACUAGAUUGUCAAAGAACUCAAUGGACGAUUUGUUUACCAGUUCAUUAUAAUUUAUAUUUUGAUUUCUUGUGAUAAUGCAUUGUAUAUUAACUUGUAGUCU